AGGUGAAAAUUUGAUUAUGGAAAACCAGGAAGUGGCAGGUGACACUGAAUGCUUUAUAGAAUAUGAAGGAACAAAGAAAUACAAACAGGUCAAGAAUGGUCGUUUGGAGAUACUACGAAUUACAAUCGAACCGCGGUUAACUUGAGACAAAUCACUCCGUGCACAAAAUGAUUUCUGGAAGCUCAGUUCGAUAUGAAAAACUGCCAACUAGUGAAAACUACGACGAACAGGGCAGUGAAAACCUCGAAGAAGAAGUGACCGUUUUUAUUUCACAGUCUCUGAGUCCGCAGCACAAAGUCAGACAGCGGAGAGGGACCUGGGUUCGACUGGCUGUGGCCCUCCUGCUGCUAGGAUUGGCCCUCAGUUUCGUCAUCUGCGAGUGGCGCGGGUGCCUGUCUGAAGAGGACGGCCUGCGAGGAAGCACAGCCGCCCCGGGGCAUUCUGGGACGGGGCCGAAACAGAAGGGACACAGUCACCACCACGAUGAUGACAACGAUGAAGAAGAAGAGGACCACGAUCACCAUGGAAACUCAGAACAUCAUGAACAUCAGCAUCCAGACCUCUAUCACCAUGGUGUUGUCAUUACGGACUCAGCUAUAUGCUCUAAGAUUGGCAAGGGAAUUCUGGAAGAAGGUGGAAAUGCUGUAGAUGCUGGGCUAGCAUCUCUGGUUUGCCUGGGGGUUGUUCAUCCACAUGCAACAGGUGUAGGUGGAGUAUUUUCAGCAAUUCUUUACAACAGCACAUCCAGAACACACAAAGCAAUCCGUCCCAUUUCCCAUGAGUCUUCCUCAGCAGCAUAUGGAAUUCCAGCCACUCUUCAAGGUAUCAAACAGCUUCACUCCCUCUUCGGCCAAUGCGGAUGGGAGAAGUUAUUUUCGGGUGCCGCGAAGCUCGCUAAAGAUGGGUUUCAGGUGGACCAAGCGCUUGCGGACGCUCUAAUAAGCAACCGGGAAAAAAUACUUGAGCCAAACCUGUGCAACCUGUUUUGCGAUGGGAAAGGCAGCGUUAAAGUUCUGGGCUCCACGGUGGCCAAUCAGAAGUUAGCCGAGCUUUUGCAGUUCGUCAGCCUGAAUGGCCCCCGUUUCCCAGAAAGCCUGGCGGUGAAAUUGGCCGAAGACCUGCCCCCGACAGAGAGGCAGGGCUUUGUUGAGAAUGUUCAGCGGUGCGGGGUAGAAAUCAAUGACCCCCUUAUCGUGGAAACAGAAGAAUACAGUGUCUAUGGAGCAACUUCCCCACUAUCCAACAGGAUCAUAUCGGAUGUCUUGGGCAAAGUCGGGGAGCAGAACCUAUUACCUUGGAACAAUGCAGAUCUUGACAGUAGCGCAUCCACAUAUGUCAGUCUCUUGACGGCAGCUAAACUGAUAUAUAACGACAAUCUGGCCAAGGAAAACCGAAGUGUUGAAGAUUUACUUGCACUGAAUCCGACGGGCAGCCAUAUUGGGGUGCUGGAUGGCGCCAGUAACGUUUUAAUUAUCUCUUCCUCGUUAAACAGCCCGUUCGGAUCAAAGCGACUGCUUCCCUCCACCGGAGUCCUUCUCAGCGAUGUCAGCCCGCACCCUGCUGACGAUGUGCUCCUGUGGAGCUGCCCUUUAAUCGUGAAACUCAAACAUGACCAUGGGGAUGAAGAUCAUGACCAUGAUGAUGACGAUGACGAUGAUGACGAUGAGAUGCUGGCCGUCGGGGUCACAGGCGGGCCGUCCGCCCCGUUCGUCGCCGCCCAAAUCAUCGCGAGCAAGGUUCGCGGCGGGAAAUCGGCCCAAGAUGCCGCAACCGGCCCCCUGCUCCGCCUGGAAACGGGGAGUUCCGGGUUGUUCUCGGGCUGCGUCUCCGCGGUGACCAACGGCACUGACGUGUACAGGCUGCUGCUGGAGAAGGAGGGACGGCUGGAAGGCGUGGUCAGGUGUCCCGAUAGCACGCUGGCCCUGAUGCUCCAGGCGCACGCGGAACACGUGGGGGCCUACGGCGCCCCUGCAGCCUUGGCGCACGCUGACGGGUACUGAGGAGCACCACUGGCAGGGGUGCAGCAGAAAAUUCUGGGCACUGUGCACAUGCAAUGUCUGUGGAGCCUCUUCUUAAAAUUGUAUACCAAAAGCAAACUUUGUUGUCCAGGCCUUUUGAAUCCCCCUGCCCCGCCCCCCCCCCCCCACACCUUGGGGCCCUCGGUAGUCAGUUCCACUAUUCCCCCCACUGUGACCCCCCUGGCUGUGGGUACAACCCAGUUCAGCCUGGCAACAUCACUGCAGCCAUCAUUUUAAUCUGCUAAUUACAUUAGCCUCCAGCCACCUGGAACCAGGUAGCCUUUGUUGUGCGGUGCUUAUUUACAUUAGGACAGGGGUGUCCGAUCUUAUCUGAAAAGGGCCAAUGUGAGUGCUGGUUUUUGUUUUAGCCCAGCACUACAGUACGAUAGCUGAUUCAGCUACUUAACUAAUCAUGACCUUUAAUCAAGAUACUGAUAAGUAUCUUGUGCAUCUUAGUGCUGGGCUACGACAAAAUCCUGCAUCCGCAACGGCCAUUUUCAGAUAAGAUAUGAUGUGAACUUUAGCUGGCUGUGUUGUGUGUUUCCCUGACCUCUGUGGCUUUGGUUUUGGGGUUUUGGCUACCUGGGAGUGGCUGUUCCUCUGCCAAGCACUCUACGUUUGUUGCUGAACCGGUACGGCCAGUAACGACGCAUCUCCACCUUGAUGUGCGGCAUACCAAUGUCGCGGCCAAUGUCUAAGUCCACCCUUCAGACUUAUGAAUAGAGAGCUUGCGCAACAUUAUGUGCUUGUGUGAGGAACUGGCAGGUAAGACCUGUUGCCCCCGCUUAAGGACUGAGAGAAUUGCAGCAGAUUGAGCAGACGCCUAAAUCAGGCAUUUGAAUAGAGGCCUAAAUCAGGCAUUUGAAUAGAGGCCUAAAUGAUGCGUUUACAUGUUCAACUCGGUAGAAUUUAUAUCCCAGAUAUUUGUGAGUUCUGCUCACUGAAUACUGUGAAUUUUGUUGCAUGGCUUGCAGUGUACUCCCUUCUCAAAUGCACUGAUCCUGAUUAUUGCUGAAAAACUGAGAGAACAGAUUUCAGAUGUCUUUUCUUUGAGAAGAUUUGAACUGAACAUUUUGAAGUCCAUAUUGAAUUAUCUUGCACUGAAAGAUGUGGAAAUUCUCACCUGACGUACUGUAAAGUAAAUGUAUAUGUUUAUUUACAUCUUAGACACGUCAGAUCUUACUUCCAGGCACAAAACAGGAUAUUGAUUGUAAUAAAUGGCACAUGCAAAUGACUGCCAAACAACUGUUGUUCAGAAAUGAAAAAUAUAGAGACUCUGUCUCGAUCUGAGUUUCUGUGAAUUUGUAUAUAUUGAUGUCUGAGCUGGUGUUCCUCAGCUAAAAUACAAUAUGAUUUUUAUUAUUAAAUUGUUAUGUUAAAGUAUGAGGAAAGAGAUUACACAGAGGAGUACGUUUGUAUUGUUACUCAGUUACUGACAAAAAGUUGGGCAGACACUAUCAUUAACCCAACUAUAGUUUGGGUGGUUUUUGAUGAUGCUGCUGUAAUGUUUGUACCAUUUUAGCAAGUUUCUGAUGUGACUACUGAAUGUUAUUUAUUAAAAUACAUAAAUAACGGAGGGGUGUACUUGAUAAAUCACUGUUGUGUUUGUGGGGAUAUUUUUUGGUAACUCACAUUUAUGCUUCAAGAGAGGAAUUUUUCUUAAUAAAUCACAUUUGAGCUGAUGGGGAUUGUUCUUAAUAAAUCACAAUCGGAUCAUAAAUCGGUUUUGUUUUUUUUCCACCCUAGAAAAUGCAACACAGCAGAAUAUUCUCUAGCUGACAGACAUCACAAUUUCAGAAACAGAAAAAUGUUUGGGCUUCAGUCUUUUCAGCCUCAAUCUCUGGGAUUUGCAACUUUCAGUGAUACUGUACAUCAAUUGCUGACUGUCGAGUUUCCCAGUGUCCUUUUUCCUCCAUCUUGUGUAACUCAGGGAG